UUUCUAGCAUCUUCAUUCUUCUUAGUUUUACUAGCAAACUUAUCUGCAGCUCUUUUUCUUUAUUAUACUAUUUUUUUUUCUAAAAAAUAAGUUAUUUAUUUUUCAACAACCUGAUAAAUAUUUUUGAUCAAAAAAUGGCAGUUAAGAGAUCUGAUGACUCAUUUAAUAACUCCAUUGGAGUUGCGCUAAAGGGUAUAAUCGGGAUUCUAUAUGGUUGGAGGGAGUAUGUGAAAUUGAAAAUGAAAAAAGUCAAUGUGUCUUAAAAAGGAUGUAAUCCGCUUCGUAGCUAGUUCACAAUAUUUCGAAAACGAUGGUUGACCGUCAUAUUAUCCGUCGUAGCUUUUACGAAGUCAUUCACUAGCUUUAGCAAGUCAGUUGAAUAUUUUCCUAUUUUCUAGAUAUUAAUCAGUUAGUCUGAUUACAUGUUUUUAUGCCUAUAUAAGACAUCAUAUCUUGUCCUAAUUAUAGGUUCCUACAAUUUCAUUACCAAAAUUAAGUAUCCAAAACAAUAACAAAUUUAAGAAAGAAAAAAAAACAAUAUGUUGAAGCACAAUUUCAACAUGUCCCACUCCGGUAGUACUAUCCGAAACAUAGUUUCCGUGCCCAAGCUGCCGUUGUUCUCCGGUCGAGGAACUAAUGCUCCUGCAUUUUCAUUACCAACAAAAGAUUCGAAAAGAUCUAACGGAGUAAUCCGGCGGCACCGCGGCGGCACCGGGAUAAAAGCCAUACUAACCACCACCACCGCCGCUAAGUCGACAACCACCAUUAAAGCAAAGGUGACGUUGCUGCAGGAAGUGUCGGAGGAACCACCCAGCCAACUAGAAUCGCCUGGGAUCGACAAUUCAGUUAACUCGUUCCCUAAAACCGUUCUAGUCGAGCUUGUUGCUGCCGAGCUCGAUCCUCAAUCGGGACUAGAGAAGCUUACGAUUAAAUCAUGCGCGCGUAGAUCAGGAUACAACGACAACGAGUACUACUUCGAGACGAGUUUCGAUGUUGACGAGGAUUUUGGUGAGAUCGGUGCUGUGAUAAUUGAGAAUGAAGAUGAUAAAGAAAUGUUUGUGAAGAACAUUGUCUUUAAGGGCUUCUCCGAAGCAAGACAUCGCUUAGUCGAAGUUACUUGUAACUCGUGGAUUCAUCCCAAAUCCAUGAACCCCGAGAAGAGAAUCUUUUUCUGGAACACGUCAUAUUUGCCAUCACAAACUCCGAGUGGCCUGAAAAGAUACAGACAGAAAGAGCUCCAAAUUCUAAGAGGCGACGGCCAUGGUCAGCGUAUACCCGCCGACAGAAUAUACGAUUACGAUGUAUACAACGAUCUCGGCAAUCCAGAUAUCAGCCUCGACUUGGCCCGACCCGUUCUCGGCGGGCCCGACCAUCCUUAUCCCCGCCGCUGCAGAACCGGCCGUCCAACAACUAUUAAAGAUCCAUCGUCUGAGUCAAGGAACGCCGGUUUUUACGUGCCGAGAGAUGAAGCAUUUUCAAAAGUGAAGAAUGACACAUUCGCUGCGAAAGCUUUUAAAGCUGUCCUUCAAAUACUUAUUCCAUCCAUGGGUGGCGGUAGCAUCCCGAACGCCGACCUCGGAUUCCCAUACUUCACAGCUAUAGACACUCUAUUCACCCAAGGAAUCGAGCUUCCCGAUGAUUCAGAAACGGGGUCAUUACCAAGCAUUAUACCCAGGCUUGUGAAGUUUAUCUCCGAGAAAAUUCUCCUUCGUUUUGAGACCCCUCAAUUUGUUAACAGAGAUAAGUUUGCUUGGUUUAGGGACGCCGAAUUUGCAAGACAAACUCUAGCGGGUGUCAAUCCAUGCGUCAUCAAAUUGGUCACGGAAUGGCCCUUGAAGAGUAACCUGGACCCUGCAGUGUACGGGCCAGUUGAGUCAGCAAUCACAAAGGAGCUCAUAGAACAAGAAAUCGGAGGCUUCACUACAGUCGAUGAGGCACUGAAAGAAAAGAAGUUUUUCGUGUUGGAUUAUCAUGAUGUGUUCUUGCCAUUUGUGAACAAGGUAAGAGAGCUCAAGGGGAGAACUCUUUAUGGAUCGAGGACGUUGUUUUACUUAACACCUGCCGACACAUUGAGGCCGUUGGCUAUCGAGUUAACUCGACCACCAAUAGAUGGGAAGCCACAGUGGAAGCAGGUAUUCAAGCCAACUUGGGAUGCCACUGGUGUGUGGCUGUGGAGGCUUGCUAAAGCUCAUGUCUUGGCUCACGACUCUGGUUAUCAUCAGUUAGUUAGUCACUGGCUGCGGACUCAUUGUGUCACGGAGCCUUACGUAAUCGCGACAAACAGGCAACUAAGUGCAAUGCACCCGAUUUAUCGACUGUUGCACCCUCAUUUGCGUUACACAAUGGAAAUUAAUGCAUUGGCCCGUCAGUCCCUUAUUAGUGCAAAUGGGGUCAUUGAAAGCUCAUUCUCCCCCGGCAAAUACUCGGUCGAACUGAGCGCUGCUGCAUAUGACCAAUUAUGGCAGUUCGACUUGGAGGCACUACCCGCAGAUUUAAUCAACAGGGGAAUGGCAGUAGAGGAUCCAACUGCACCACACGGUUUGAAACUCACAAUCGACGACUACCCUUAUGCCAGUGAUGGUUUGCUUCUAUGGGAUGCUAUCAAACAGUGGGUCACAGAUUACGUGGCUUACUACUAUCAAGAACCGUGCAUCGUUCGAUCAGAUAACGAGCUGCAAGCAUGGUGGAAAGAAAUUCGAACAGUGGGCCAUGGGGAUAAGAAGGACGAACUGUGGUGGCCAGAGCUAAAAACACCGGAUGAUUUGAUUGGAAUAUUGACGACUAUUAUAUGGGUAGCUUCAGGUCAUCAUGCUGCUGUAAACUUCGGUCAAUUUGAUUUCGGAGCAUACUUUCCAAACAGGCCUACAAUUGCUCGAACAAAAAUGCCUACCGAAGAACCAAAGGAAGAAGAAAGAAAACAAUUUUUGAAGAAUCCCGUAGAAUUCCUGCUGAACUGCUUCCCUUCACAAAUUCAAGCAGUGAUAGUUAUGGCCACUAUUGAUGUACUGUCCACCCAUUCGCCCGAUGAGGAGUAUAUCGGAGAGCAAAUUCAGCCUUAUUGGGCUGAUAAUAAGGUUAUUAACGCUGCAUUUGAACGGUUUAAUGAACAAUUGAAGGAGAUUGAAGGGAUCAUCGAUGCUAGAAACGCAGACACGAAUUUGAGUAAUAGGUCAGGGGCUGGAGUGGUGCCGUACGAGCUUCUCAAGCCGUUUUCCGAACCUGGUGUCACUGGAACCGGUAUCCCAAAUAGCGUCUCCAUCUAGUUGUAUAAACCGUUUGUCUGCAACAAUAAAUCAAAAAAUGGGGUUUAUGAUCAUCUAUGUAUCUUUCAUGCAAUAAUGUAGUUUUCUGCUUUGUUAAUAAGUUAUUUCGUGUUACGGGUUUU